UCAUGUGGAGGCGAGAUUUGAGGGGGUUCUCUGGGAUGGGGAUGGAAGAACUGAAGGGAAACUGGAGGCGAAGCAGCUCCUCAGUGGCUGUGAGCGGUGGGGCCUGUGCUGAGGGAGGGAGGGGCAGCUGCAGGUCAGAUCACCUCAUGGCUGUUUUUCCCAGCCCCUUUGGACUGGGGCAGGCACCAGUCCUUUCUUGAGCGUUUUCCAUGUCACCUCAGAGGGCUUUUCAGGGAACGAAAAAGAACAGUGAGCUGUGUGGCUUUUUAAGCGAGCUAGUUCAACAGCGACGUUCUCAUAGAACUAUAGAAUGGCCUGAGUUGGAAGGAACCUUAAGAGUCAUCUAAUUCCAAACCCUUUCCAUGGGCUGGUUGCCACUCAGCAGCUGCCCAGGGCCCCAUCCAACUUGGCCUGGAGUGCCUCCAGGGAUAGGGCACGCACAGCUUCUCGUCUUCCUGCUCGCUCCGUGCUCACAGGUGUGGUACCGUGAUAGCGACAUUGGUGUAGCUCUUCCGGAGUCCCAUCCAAUGGUGUGAGCGCGUGUCGGUCAGGAAUUGGCAGAUACUAAAAAAUCUGAGAAAUGGCCACACGCUUCAGAACGACUGGUAAGAAAUGUACAGUGAUCGGUGGCUCCGGAUUCUUAGGCCAGCACAUGGUAGAGAAGCUACUGGACAAGGGCUACUCAGUCAAUGUGUUUGAUAUUCAGAAGAGAUUUGACAAUGACAGAGUGCAGUUUUUUCUGGGAGACCUUUGCAACAAAGAGGCCUUACUCCCAGCUUUACAAGAUGUUUCAGUGGCAUUUCAUUGUGCAUCGCCAGCGCCUUCAAGUGACAACAGGGAACUAUUUUAUAAGGUGAAUUUUAUGGGAACCAAAGCAGUCAUUGAAGCCUGCAAAGAAGCUGGAGUGCAGAAACUGGUGUUAACUAGCAGUGCCAGUGUUGUUUUUGAGGGGACAGACAUAAAAAAUGGAACAGAAGAUCUCCCUUAUGCAAAAAAACCUAUCGACUACUACACAGAGACGAAGAUCCUACAGGAGAAGGAAGUGCUGAGUGCAAAUGACCCAGACAACAAUUUCUUCACUACUGCUAUUCGCCCACAUGGAAUAUUUGGUCCAAGAGACCCUCAGCUGGUUCCCAUCCUCAUCCAAGCAGCUAAGAGUGGCAAAAUGAAGUUCAUAAUUGGGGAUGGGAAGAACUUAGUAGAUUUCACCUAUGUGGAAAAUGUGGUCCAUGGACAUAUCCUAGCUGCAGAACACCUUCAGAAAGACUCUCCUGUGUGUGGGAAGGCAUUUCAUAUCACAAAUGAUGAACCAAUUCCUUUCUGGGCUUUCAUGUCCCGUAUCUUGACUGGCUUGAACUACGAUGCACCUAAGUACUAUAUUCCCUACUGGCUGGCAUAUUACCUGGCCCUGUUCUUGUCUCUAGUGCUGUGGCUGCUAAGUCCGCUGAUCACCAUCAAGCCCACUUUUACCCCAAUGCGGGUAGCAUUAGCUGGGACAUUUCACUACUAUAGCUGUGAACGGGCCAAAAGAGACAUGGGCUACAAGCCAGUGGUGAGUUUGGAUGAAGCAAUAGACAGGACUCUCCAGAGCUACCCCCACCUACGCCGGUCUAAGGCCUGAGAAGUCAAGGAUGGAUUUUAUUUCUGCUUGAUUUUCCUAAUUGUUUUGAUAUCUUAACAUGAACACUGAAGCCAAUUCUGUGAAAUGGGGAGUUUUCCCAAACUCAUUCCUCCUUGUCACCAAACAGAUUUCUCUGGGUUGGAAAAAAACUUCAUGUAGUAGCUGUGCUAACAGUUCUUUCUUUUGAUGAUUUGUUGUUCCAAAGCAGCUGCCUAACCCUAAGGACUAUGAAUUAACACCCUGCUGUGCCCUCUUCAGUCCCAGCCCCACGCAUCAGCAUUCCUUCCUUUCCUCUCCACCCUUGUCCUCUGUUUUGUUGCUCUGGUGAUAACAGCCACCUCUUCUCAUAGCUGCAGAUCCGUUGAUGAAAUACUUCACGACUGAUUCCUCUCUGUGGUUUGGCUUUUUUCAACGCAGGAAUGAUGAAACAGAGACUCACACCAAAAAGGAUUUCUACCACCUUUUUUCUUUUUUUCUUUUUAAACCACUGAAAUUGACUUUAUUAUUCUGGGACUGCUUUUAGGUAUCGCUGUGAUUGGUGGGUUGAUUUGGUCUCUUACUGAGGAAUCAGGAAGAAACCUGAGAAAAGGCACAUUAGGCUUCUUGUAAGGAAGCAUGUGCCUUUACCUCUACAGGAGCCUAGUCCUAUUCAAAAAGAAUAUAAAUAAAAGAAGAGAUAAACUCCUAA